AUGGUAGUCGUGGGAACUAUAGAAGGAUAUCAUUCUGCUCCUGCUAGAUAUCGCUAUCCAUGGAUGUUCUACAAAUUUAAAUUACCACUAGGAGUUCCUGACAAGGUCACGACGUUGCGCCAUCAGGACCAGCCAGACUUUCUGACCAAAAGUUGGUUUGACACUGAUUAUAAGAUCGGAUUAGAAGGGGCACUUAUGACAAUACUGUUCUACUGGACCAUUACAGCCCGCAAGGGACGGAAGGAUACUUGUCUCAACCUUAUCGAACUUAAACAAGUCCCUGGCUUCUGCAUUCGACUAAAAUGUGAUGACGGUUGCACCGUCACCGCCAGCACGGAGCAUAGCGCAGGGCACCAUGAAAAUGCUGCACCACUGCUUCCAAACAGCGAGUGUGCAUCAACUACACUUACUGCUUUCCUUGCUGCUGUAGAUGGCGAUGGACAGGCAAAUAUUAGAUUAGAUAUCCUUGAGGCAAGGCAGGCUGAUGAGGAGCUGUAUCGCACAUUUGUGUGGCGCGAGUAUAGUGUCCGUUUCGGGGGGAUAAGGGACGACUUGGAUAGCUGGAGAGCUAGGAUAUAUCAGCAUCUGCAAACCACAAGUAAACCUGUCUUCUGGCGCAACUCGGAUGAAGAUCAACUUCAGCCUGGGAGGCUUGGAUUGCUGAGAUUCUACCAGGAAUUGAGAGAUCCAGUGUUUUUCUGAGAUGCAAGCAGCCAGCUACAGUAAAAACGAUGCAUAGGGUAA